GAAGGUAGUAAAAAUAACAAUAUAAAUGGCAACGGGCACUCAUUCAACUCUUUGAGAAAACAGAAAAUCAGUGACUACAUAAAUAGCAAGGCUUCUAUGGCAAUCGAGGCAUGGUUCAUGGAUGAGAGCGAUGAAGAUCCAAGGCUUCCUCACCAUCGCAAUCCUCAAGAGUUCGUUUCAUUGGACCGAUUGGCAGAGUUGGGAGUGUUGUACUGGCAUUUGAACCCAAAAGACUACGAGAACGAUGAGGAGUUGCGGAGAAUCAGAGAAGCAAGAGGAUACAAUUACAUGGAUUUGCUUGAUUUAUGCCCUGAGAAAGUGGACAACUAUGAAGAGAAGCUGAAAAAUUUCUACACAGAGCACAUACAUGCUGACGAGGAGAUACGUUACUGUUUGGAAGGAAGCGGGUAUUUUGAUGUUCGAGACAAGGACGACCGUUGGAUUCGCAUUUGGAUCAAGGCUGGUGAUCUUAUCAUUUUGCCCGCUGGAAUCUACCACCGGUUCACUCUUGACACCAAAAACUAUACUAAGUUGAUGAGGUUGUUUGUGGGAGAGCCGGUGUGGAGUGCAUAUAAUCGGCCACAGGAGAAACACCCAGCUAGAAAGGAGUACAUCAAGAGUUUGACUGAAAAAGUGGGAAUGACAUUGGAAGCUCACUAGGCAUCGGAUGUCCUAGUUACUUUUCAUCUACUUAUAUGUGUGGUUAGCUAGGAAGAUGAGAGCCUAGCUAUUUACAAAUGUAACCGUGAUGUGUGCACGAUUUGUUGUGUAUGUACUAUAUUUGGAAACUCCUUCCUGCAUUGGCAAAUAAUUGAGUUAUGCACUUGACAAUAUAGAUAGAACUCUAUUUAAAAAAUUAGCAAUGCAUAUUUACUUAUAA